AUGCGUGUGUCUGUUGGCCCGCCGUCGGCUUCUUCCACUCCCAAGCGAGCGCGAAAUGGGAAAUGGGCGCAGAGUACUCUGGUCGUCGGAGGCCGCCGUAUUCCACCGCCUGACAAUGACAAGCCGGCAGAUCCUCCACCGAAAGAAGCUGAGCUGCCGGAGGAAGUUGACAUCCCUGUGCGCGCGGAUACCGGCUCGCCCGCACUCACCAAGAUGCAGCUGCGUGAGCAGGUGUACCUGGAGGCGAGUAUUAACUACGAGACGAAGUGGUCGCGACACUUUUCCUGGCUGGUGUUUGGGAAGACCAAGGACGGUUUUCCCUACGUGAAGUGCUCCAUCUGCGUGUCGUACGCGAAGGGGAACACGAGAUACGCCAUGCAAGGUGACGACGGUGGCCGUGACUUGCAGACGCAGUCGUUCAGGGCGCACGAGCAUACGGACGCACACAAGGCGGCGGUGGAUCGGCAGUUGAAGCUUGCGGCGGGCAUCCGCGAGGGCCAGCAGGUAAUUUCGGACUUCAUCAACUCCUACGUCGAGGGGCGGCGCGCGAUUCGACUCAUGCGGUCUACGCAUGAGGCGUUGGCUGUGAAGGACGCCGCUGAGUCAAACGAGGACCUUGGCAUGGUCGACAAGGUGGUGCGCACAGUGGCGACGCUUCUCGGGAACUCAAGCGUGUGGAGUCAGAGGUUCAAGUACCUGCAGCGAGUGAUCUACCAGACAAACCUCGAAGUCCAAGGAAUCCACACGGUUCGGUGGCUGUCACGAGGGGAUGCGGUGCGCAGGCUGUGCAAGGUCCUCGGCGCUUGCAUCGUGCUGCUCUGGGAGCACAACCACAAGGCCUACGAGAUUGUGACGUGCUACAAGUUCCAGUUCUGUUUGUUUUUCCUAGCCGACAUUCUGGCCGACAUGAACGACCUCAACCGAUGCUUCCACAGACGUGAGCUGGAUGUGACUGAGAUUGCGAAGACCAUUGAGUCCACCACGGGUGAUCUGACGGAACGCUACUUGACGACAACCAAACCGUUCGGGGGCGAGGGGAAGAGCUGGCUGGUAAACUUCCUCAAGGUCCACAAGGAGGGAGGAGGCAAGCAGGUCCGGGUUCGAGGCGUGGACGGAGAGGGACGCCCAAUCAACCACCUCUACACCAUGCAUGAGAGGAAGCUGAAGGGCCACAAGCAGGGAAGCACCUACGCAGACUGCGUGAAGCUGUGCCGCCAAUUCGCCCGCGACUGCGUGGACAACCUCAACACCCGGCUGGAUGACCUUGGGAAGUUGGGCCCGACGAAGCUGUUCCGGGCGGGGAAGUGGCCGAAGAUCAAGGCCCAGCGAGAGAAGAAAUGCAAAGAGUGGCUGCACUGA